AUGACAUUCUUUGCUUCUCCGCAUGUGAACCAUUUACCUGACGAGAUUUUGGGCGAUAUCUUCGUAAUUGGGCUCUGUAAUGUUUACCCUAAAUCGAAGCAGCGGUAUCGAAGCACCAUUUCCUCCGUUUGCAGACGUUGGCGCUUGUUGGCCCUGAACGAGGCCAAGCUCUGGACGGAGAUUUCCCUCGAGGUAACAGGCCUGGGAGUAUCGCACGUUGGUUCUUCGGCUGCUGUCCGAUCUCCCCUUUGGGAUGGGAUGGAUAACGUAGAUGAAGCACUGCCCUUGAAAUCUUCAGACGCCGCCCAGCUGGAGCGCGCAGCCGUGUGGCUCCGUCGGUCAAAGAAUGCACCAUUGUGUCUGUCCAUGUUAUUUCGCGCUACUCCGGCAAGGGUUCAGAAAUACUUCAGGCAAUUGGUGACGCCCCAUUUCCAUCGUUGUAAAUCCUUGGAACUCCGAUUGCUCGAACCAGACCAGACCGUUAUCAAUUAUACCGCACUUUGGCUUCCUCUUCCCGGUACAUCACACUCUUGCCUCGAUGACGUCCGAAUCCACAUGGAGCUUGGUCACAGAGGUUAUGGGAAUGUAAUCGAUCUGGGCCCUUCUCUCACGUUACGCCGACUCUACAUCGAAAUGGACGUAUUCUGCGGAAGGUUUCGAUCUGGUUUUGGGGUUGCGGGCGAGGUCGAACUAUGUGGUUUAUCCUUGGAAGCCGCUUCCGAUAUCCUGGGACACUGUCGUGAUGUAAAGAAAAUUACGAUGCGGAAUCCUACGAGACGCCUCUCUCCAUUGCCUGACUCUCUGUCGUUUCCCAGCCUUGAGGCGCUUCAUUUUCCGAGUCUCCCUAAUUUUCCCAUCCAAAAUGCACCAAACCUCAAAUCCCUCAGCUCCGACCAUUUUUAUUCUCCAGGACAAUGGCUACAUUUAGAUCCCGCUACCCGUGAUAGUGUUGGCCGUGUCCUCACUGGACUUGAGGUACUGCGUGCGCGUGUUAACGCGGACUCCAUAAGCCUGAUCGAGCCUUUUGUGUGUUCCGAAAAGCUCAAGAUGAUACGCGUGCCACCAGUAACUUGGCAGGCAGGUGAAAUCUGCUUGUUCAUUCAGUUCCUCCGUACCACCAUCGAUCCGUCGCCCCGUCUCUCCAACCAUGAGCGGAGACUGCAUUUACCCUUCCCCGGUUUAAAACUGCUUGUAAUCCACAUCAAACAAAAAGGCCUCGAAAGUUGGGAUAGACAUCCCGCCUGGUUUGAACCAUUACUCAGACUCGUUCGAGCCCGCCCGAACCUAACCUUCGUUAGCGAUGCGCCUCCUUUCACUGCAGGCACUCCUCCGGGACUCGACCCUCUGGCGCGGAGAAUACACUUCAUCCCCUCUCGACUUAAACUGGAGAACGACGAACUCAUUAGGCGUUUCCUACACUAA